GCGGCCGCUCCGGGACGCGCCCGCCCGCUGCCCGGCUCUCCCCCCCUUCGGGCUGCCGCUGCUGCUGCUGUGACUGCUGCGGCGCGAGGAGGAGGAGGCAGCGGGGGAGGGGGAGGCCGGGCGCGGAACGGAGCGGGGCGCUGCACCCCGGGCGACGGGUUGCUUCUGCCUCUAGCUUCUCUCUCUCUCUCUCUCUCUCUCUCUCUCUCUCUCUCUCUCUCUCUCUCUCUCUCUCUCUCUAAUUCUUGAGGGGUGGUUGCAGCUUUUGCUACAUGCCUUGCCAGCGCCGGAGCCUGCGGUCCAACUGCGCUGCUGCCGGAGCGCUCAGUGCCGCCGCCGCUGCCCGCUCCCCCCGCUCCCCACUCCGAACCCGCCGGUCGCUCGCCGCGCUGCUGCUCGGCUCCUGCGCCGCCGCCGUCGCCGCCCCCCGACGCCUGGGUGAUGCUGGACAUGGGAGAUAGGAAAGAGGUGAAAAUGAUUCCCAAGUCCUCGUUCAGCAUCAACAGCCUGGUCCCUGAGGCCGUCCAGAACGACAACCACCACGCGAGCCACGGUCACCACAACAGCCACCACCCCCAGCAUCACCAUCAUCAUCACCACCACCACCACCCGCCGCCGCCCGCGCCUCAGCCGCCGCCACCGCCGCCCCAGCAGCAGCAGCAGCCGCCCCCGGCCCCGCAGCCCCCGCAGGCGCGCGGCGCCCCAGCAGCGGACGACGACAAGGGCCCCCAGCCGCUUCUGCUCCCGCCGUCCGCCGCCCUGGACGGGGCCAAGGCUGACGCACUUGGAGCCAAAGGCGAGCCAGGCGGCGGGCCUGCGGAGCUGGCGCCCGUCGGGCCGGACGAGAAGGAGAAGGGCGCGGGCGCUGGGGGGGAGGAGAAGAAGGGGGCGGGCGAGGGCGGCAAGGACGGGGAGGGGGGCAAGGAGGGCGACAAGAAGAACGGCAAGUACGAGAAGCCGCCGUUCAGCUACAACGCGCUCAUCAUGAUGGCCAUCAGGCAGAGUCCCGAGAAGCGCCUGACGCUCAACGGCAUCUACGAGUUCAUCAUGAAGAACUUCCCUUACUACCGCGAGAACAAGCAGGGCUGGCAGAACUCCAUCCGCCACAACCUGUCCCUCAACAAGUGCUUCGUGAAGGUACCGCGCCACUACGACGACCCGGGCAAGGGCAACUACUGGAUGCUGGACCCGUCGAGCGACGACGUGUUCAUCGGCGGCACGACCGGCAAGCUGCGGCGCCGCUCCACCACGUCUCGGGCCAAGCUAGCCUUUAAGCGCGGGGCACGGCUCACCUCCACCGGCCUCACCUUCAUGGACCGCGCCGGCUCCCUCUACUGGCCCAUGUCGCCCUUCCUGUCCCUGCACCACCCUCGCGCCAGCAGCACUUUGAGUUACAACGGGACCACGUCGGCCUACCCCAGCCACCCCAUGCCCUACAGCUCCGUGUUGACUCAAAACUCGCUGGGCAACAACCACUCCUUCUCCACCGCCAACGGGCUGAGCGUGGACCGGCUGGUCAACGGGGAGAUCCCGUACGCCACGCACCACCUCACGGCCGCUGCGCUCGCCGCCUCCGUGCCCUGCGGCCUGUCGGUGCCCUGCUCCGGGACCUACUCCCUCAACCCCUGCUCCGUCAACCUGCUCGCGGGCCAGACCAGUUACUUUUUCCCCCACGUCCCGCACCCGUCAAUGACUUCGCAGACCAGCACGUCCAUGAGCGCCCGGGCCGCGUCCUCCUCUACGUCGCCGCAGGCCCCCUCGACCCUGCCCUGUGAGUCUUUAAGACCCUCUUUGCCAAGUUUUACGACAGGACUGUCCGGGGGACUGUCUGAUUAUUUCACACAUCAAAAUCAGGGGUCUUCUUCCAACCCUUUAAUACAUUAACAUCCCGGGGACCAGACUGUAAGUGAACGUUUUACACACAUUUGCAUUGUAAAUGAUAAUUAAAAAAUAAGUCCAGGUAUUUUUUAUUAAGCCCUUCCCCCCAUUUCUGUACGUUUGUUCAGUCUUUAGGGUUGUUUACUAUUCUAACACGGUGUGGAGUGUCAGCGAGGUGCAAUGUGGGAGAAUACAUUGUAGAAUAUAAGGUUUGGACGUCAAAUUAUAGUAGAAUGUGUAUCUAAAUAGUGACUGCUUUGCCAUUUCAUUCAAACCUGACAAGUCUAUCUCUAAAGGCUGCCAGAUUUCCAUGUGUGCAGUAUUAUAAGUUAUCAUGGAUCUAUCUGGUGGACGCAGGCCUUGAAGAACAACCUAAAUUAUGAAGAGAGUUUUAAAAUGUUAAACUGUAAUUUGUAUUUAAGAAUUUGUAGUAAAGGUGCCCAAGAAAUUAUAUUGGCCAUUUAUUGUUUUGUCCUUUUCUUUAAAGAACUGUUUUUUUCUUUUGUUUACUUUUAGACCAAAGAUUGGAUUCUAGCAAAUGCACUUGGUAUACUAAGUAUUAAAACAAGCAAACAAACAAACAAAAAAGGAAGGUUGUUUAGUUUGGCAACACUGCCCAUUCAAUUGAAUCCGAAGGAGACAAAAUUAAGGAUUGCCUUCAGUUUGUGUUGUGUAUAUUUCGAUGUAUGUGGUCACUAACAGGUCACUUUUAUUUUUUCUAAAUGUAGUGAAAUGUUAAUACCUAUUGUACUUAUAGGUAAACCUUGCAAAUAUGUAACCUGUGUUGCGCAAAUGCCGCAUCAAUUUGAGUGAUUGUUAAUGUUGUCUUAAAAUUUCUUGAUUGUGAUACUGUGGUCAUAUGCCCGUGUUUGUCACUUACAAAAAUGUUUACUAUGAACACACAGAAAUAAAAAAUAGGCUAAAUUCAUAUAU